AUGAUCACUGCACUUGAAAAGUAUGGUCAAUUUACGAAAUGCAAAGAGGAAGUGAAGGCAAAGGUUAAAGAGAAACUUCAUCUGAGAUCUCGGAAGCAGGACGAGAUUGAUGCCAAGAAGGCCAAAGAAGAAGCAGAAGAUAAGCCGGCCCAACUCGCAGCUCAACGACUUAAAGACCGAGAAAGAUGGUUAGAAUAUCAACAAAAUGCUAAAGUUGCAUUUCAAGCGGGCGAAGCUGAGCGUCAGGCUAUCAAGACCGCAGUAGGUGCUGGCAAUAAGUUGAAUGGGAGUACAACGCUACCAGCCCUUCCAUAUGACGGCAAAUCGAUACAAGAAAUGACUGAUCAUCAGCGGAUAGAGCGUGGAGCUGCAGUGAGUGUUUGCCUGAUCUUCAAAAUUGUCAAAUUCGAGCGCCUUAGCUGA